GUUCGAAACAUGUCCAGCAAAAAUUCGACUUAAAUACUGUGCCGUCUGCAUGACAGUAGGCUUAAUCGGGCAGCCAGCACCUAAGAGUUUUCCAGGCACCUUCGUCUUAGCCCUCAACUGGGGCAUAGCAUAUGAACUUCCAAAUGCCACAGAAACUCUUAGCUAUUACCACAGCAAGUACAGGCUGAAAAAACCAAUGGCAAUGAGAAGGAACAGACGAGAGCUGUAUGAGAAAAUUGAAGCUCUUUUGGAUAACAUGGGUUACAAUGGCAGGCAAUGCAUUUUGAGGACACUUUGCGAAACUACACAGCGGAUGGUCCCUCAUGGCGGCAAUAUGAUUGAAGAAAUGUUUAGGACUUUGUUUACGUUUCCAAUGUCCAAAGUUCUUCCCUACGAGCCCGCCGAGCACGAAAUAUACGAUUCAGCACACCGCCUUGGCAAACUUCUGGACAGCUGUGAUCAGUAUAAGUGCCCAGUGUCACUUGUGGACUUGGCUCAAGGAUAUUAUAACGCCCCUGCACCAAAUGUCGAUACAUCUUUGAAACCUUGGGCGCUUUUCAGUAGUAAUUUUGGAUAAAAAAAAGUUCUAGCGAAUAAAGUUCUUUUAGGCUCGUUUUUUCUA